UUCCUUUUCCUACUUUCUUCUUCUUCUUCUUCAUCUUCUUCGUCCUUGAUUGAUACCAACGACUAAUCCUAACCCUUAAUCUACUUCGUCCUAAAUUAAUCAGGUUUCUACUAAUUCCACUUCAUCUCUUUCAAUCGCAAUCUGGGUUCUGUAUUGAAGGUGGGAUUCAUUGUUCCGAACAGAGUGAGAAAAAAAGAAUUUUAAGAUUGAAGAAGAAAGAUGCGAAUUUUGUGCGAUGCGUGCGAGAACGCAGCCGCUAUCGUCUUUUGCGCUGCCGAUGAAGCUGCCCUUUGCCGCUCCUGCGAUGAAAAAGGAAUGGUUUUGUCUCCAAUGUUUGCAUUUAGUAUAACUUGUGGAGAAGAAAAUAGUCACUUUUCCGCGCUUUACGAUUAAUCCGUACUACAGUUAGAUGACUCUUAAGGGUUCAUAUGUGCAAUAAGCUAGCGAGUCGGCAUGUACGUGUAGGUUUAGCCGAACCAAGCAAUGCUCCAUGCUGCGAUAUAUGCGAAAAUGCACCUGCCUUCUUUUACUGUGAGAUAGACGGGAGUUCGCUUUGUCUGCAAUGUGACAUGGUAGUACAUGUUGGUGGCAAGAGAACGCACGGGCGGUUUCUUUUGCUCAGACAGAGAAUCGAGUUUCCAGGCGAUAAGCCAAAACCAAACAAUACGAGAGACAAUUUGCAAAACCAAAGAGUCUCUGCAAAUGCAAACGGUGAAGCUAAUGGCAAGACUGAUGACGAAAUGAUUGAUCUAAACGCUAACCCACAGAGAAUACAUGAGCCAGCAUCAAAUAACCAAGAUAUCGAUGUAAAUAACGCGAGCAAUCACGAGCCUGCAGGAGUUGUGCCAGUUGGACCCUUUAAACGAGAGUCUGAGAAGUGAUAAGGGUUUGGUUUGGUGUAAGCGAAGGUUUCGUUGAAGAAGGAAGGCUUGUGUUGUUUGUGCAUUUAUCUUAGUUUGAAGGAAAGGGCUUCAUGAAUGUAUAAGCGCUAAUAUCUAAAAUUCUUCUGAAUAUUAAUUGAUUUCUUGGUUUCCCUU